UAAGUACAAGCUACUAAAUGUGCCGAUUUGCGUGCAGCGAGCCCGAUAGGGCCGACUUUGAAAACAUGGUACUUCGACUAUUUUCAUGACCAGUUCACUUCGCUCCAUUAAUUUCCAGGCAUAAUAGUACAUUAUAAAGCGAGAAAAUGUCCUUUUUACACAUCGUUCGCAGAAGUUUCAGUACCACACCACAGCUUAAUGAACUUCGACUCUUGAGUAGGGUCAAAGUUAUAGACAACAGCAAAAUAGGAAGAAAUGCUAAGCAGUCAGGGAGACCUGUAAAGGUUAUCAAUGUUUAUAAAAAGCCCCCAGUUGGACGUCUUGGAGACAAAGUUCUUGUAACUAUUGAACACGAGAAGAAGAAAGCGUACAUUGUGGGAUGUAAACAGAGGCAGCAAACCUUGGUUCCCAAAUUUGACAGUAAUAAUGUUGUCCUUGUUGAUGAUAAUGGACAGCCGUUAGGAACGAGGAUAAGAGCACCAAUUCCAUCUUGUUUACGAGCAAAUACGGAUCCAAAUUUUGUGAAAAUUCUGUCUUUAGCCACUACAUUUGUAUGACAUGUUUAUAGAAAAGUUUUAUAUGCAUUUAAUUUUGA